AUGAAGUGCAUGAUUUCGCUGGACCCGGCGGUCCAGUCGAUUGCGAUAUCGUCAGCCUUUCUCGUGCUGCUCCCUACUGCAUGGCUCAGCGUGCGCCGAGCCGUAGUCAAAGUCGGACCUGGCUUCUUAGCAAAUGCCAAGCUUGUUACCGGCGGCGGCCUAGUCGUGGUGACUGUGGCACAUUUGGUCGCGCUUCUCGCGCAAUCUAGCCAUGCGCCGUCCAUAGUCGCCAUGGCCUUUUCCCUUGCUGCUGCCAUUGGUGUAGUACUGCUGUCAUCCGUGUACCAUCAAAGGUCGCUCACAUCUUCGAGACUCCUUGUACUCUAUCUCCUCGUAUCGGGAUGCUGGAACCUUUCUGCCGCCUUGGAAGUCAUGGCCGCGCACCGUUUGCACCGUCUCAUGUUCUUUCUACCAGUGACAGGCGCCAUCCAGCUGACCUUGCUGGUUCUCGAAUGCACCUCAAAGCAAGACAUUUUUCUGCCGCAGUACAAGGCGCUGGCACCUGUCGAGACUGCCAACUUGUUCAGCGCCCUCUCCUUCUGGUGGAUGAACAAACUGCUCCUUCAAGGAAACAAGCACAUUCUCCAAAACGAGGAUAUGCCACCGUUGGACUCUCAACUAAAGACAGCUGGAUUGUAUAAGAUUAUCAAACAUGCGUGGAGUACUCGAGUUCUAGCGAGGCCCGAGACGAAGACGACGCUCUGCAAGGUUUUGCUCAAGACACAUACACGACAGUUCAUCACCACCAUGAUCCCUCGACUUUUCAUGGUACUUUUUGAAUGCAGUCAGCCGCUGCUCAUCAAAGCCAUCAUUCGCUACGUCGAGUCUUCCCAUCGUCAAAGCUCCUGCUACGACCGCUACCUGGUUAUCGCGGCCUCGGCAGUAUAUCUUGGAUCAACAUUCUCGAGCUCUCAGUACCUUUACAGAACUGCUCGACUCGAGCUCAGCUUGAAAAGCUCGCUCACAUCUCUCGUCUACCACAAGACGCUGGCCACUGCCGCGCACGCUGCAGACACUGGAAAAGCUACGACUGUGAUGAGUACCGAUGUGGAUGCCAUUGCCCAGGCUCCGUCCAUGUUUCACGACCUUGUUGGUAGAAUACUUGAAGUGACAUUUGGGCUUCUUAUUCUAGGUGACCAAGUCAAAUGGCUCUGGCCUGUACCGCUGGUCAUUAUCUUUUUUUGCUCCCAAGUGAGCAGAUUCGUCGCCAAGAAUAUUGGUAGACGGCAAAGAAACUGGAACGAGGCGACCGAGCGUCGCAUGACAGCCCUGGGGUCAAUCUUGGGAUCAAUGAAGAGUGUCAAAGCACUGGGAAUUACAGAAGCAUUGCUUUCUUACGUCGCCGACUUGAGGAAGGUUGAGCUUUUGCGGGCUGGAGAGAAGCGUUUCAUGGAUUGCCAGUACAACUCGAGCGCGAAUGCACUCGGAGUCUUCUCCCCUGCAAUUACAGUCGCGCUGUUUGCAAUAAUUUCUCAUGUGAAAAAAGUCCCUCUUGACACGGCGGUUCUGUUUACUACCGUUGCAGCGCUCACCAUAGUAACGCAUCCGGCCAACAUGAUCAUGACCAUAUAUCCACGUAUCGUCUCGGUUUCCGCCAGCUUUGAACGAUUUCAAGAAUUCAUGACUGCGUCACCCUUAGAGGAUACUCGCCAGGUUGACCAAGAGGAUAUACCAGUCUGCAGGCACAAUCGCACUGCAAUCUCUCUCACAGACGUCAGUAUCUAUGGCAGGAAUGACCAGCCUAUCCUGACAAAUAUUGACAUGAAGCUGCGGUAUGGCUCCGUCACAAUCUGCUGCGGCUCUGUCGGCAGCGGCAAGUCUGUUCUCGGCAAAGCGAUCCUUGGCGAACUACACGCAGCAAGGGGCCUGGUGGAGGUAUCCUCAAAGCGGGUUGGGUUUUGUGACCAGACGCCAUGCAUAAUGGCUGGCACAGUAAAGGAAGUCAUUUGCGCUUUUGCAUCGCCUGUUGAUGAAGAAAGAUACAGAGCUGUUGUCAAGGCCUGCUGUCUGGAUCUUGAUCUUGGCCACUUUCAAGACGGCGAUGCUCUUUACAUUGGAAGUCGAGGUGUCAACCUGUCUGGCGGCCAGAAACAGCGGAUUGCACUUGCCCGGCUGCUAUACAGUGGCGAGGCUGUUGUGGUCCUCGACGACAGCUUUGCAGCUCUUGAUGGAACCACGGAAAGCCAAGUGAUUCAGAACCUCAUCGGGCCUGCAGGAUGGUUGCGCAGAAACGCUGUCGCUGUCUUGUGGAUUACGAAUGCUGCCCAAUACUUUCGCUUUGCUGACCAUGUUAUCAUGCUUGAACAGGGAAGAAUUACUAAUCAGGGCACGGCAGAACAAAUGCGACCAUUUGUCAGUGAGCUGCGGAAAUUUCACGCGAAAGAUGAUGAUUCUCCGGCCCACGAAGCGCCUGCACGCCUCGCCAAGACACAAGCCAAAAAGGAUGCACAAAACGACUUGUAUCGUCAGACGGGCGACAUGUCACUGUAUACAUUCUACUUCGAGUCAACCGGCGUAGUGGCGCCCCUCGCCGUCGUCGGCACUACGGCAACGUACGCCGUCUUCAAUACUGUACCUACCUACUGGAUCAAGUACUGGGCUGAUAGAGAGGGCUCGAAUACUGCAAUAUUCGCCAUAGGUUACGUCUUCAUCGCGUUCAUGGCAUGGGCGGCUACAAGCGCUCAUAUGUGGACUACGUUUUGCCUCUUGGCAAAGCGAUCCGGCUCCUAUCUGCACAAUGCCCUUGCCAUUAGGAUAUUCGGCGCGCCUCUGUCGUAUUUUGUCGCGACCGAUAUUGGCGUGAUGCUCAAUCGCUUCGGUCAAGACAUUGACUUGGUUGAUCGACAGCUGCCAAACGCAUUUGCCCGCUUCGCGACUCAAUGCUGUAAGAUGGUGGCACAAGUCAUUGUCAUGUCUCUUGUACAAACAGAGGUUGCUUUCGCGGUACCCGUCUGCGCCGUUGUAGUCUAUUUUGUCCAGCGAGUCUACCUUCGAACGUCUCGCCAGCUUCGCGUGCUGGAUCUCGAGGCCAAGGCUAGUCUAUAUUCGGGCUUUCACGAAACCAUUGACGGACUGCUGACCAUUCGCGCCUUUGGGUGGCAGGCUGCUGUCGAGCAGCGCAACAUUGACGCCAUCGAUUUAUCAAUGCGCCCCGUCUUCCUCAUGCGGUGCCUGAACAGAUGGCUCUUGAUUGUAUUGGAACUCAUAGCCAAUACUGUUGCUAUUGCAAUUGUAUUACUGGCUGUCAUGGGUGGCGACGAGCGAGGCACACGCAUUGGUGUCGCGCUGAAUCUGGUCAUCUUGACGAAUAAGACGCUCAUUGCUCUGGUACUCGGCUUCACAGAUUUAGAAGUUUCCCUCGGUGCUAUUUCGCGUGUCAAAACUGUUGAUGAGAUGACUCCACGAGAGGAUCUUCCUCGGGAAGCACAGAUGCCCCCCAAGCACUGGCCGAUUCACGGUGAUUUGGUGCUGAACAACCUCUGUACAGGAUACAGAUUCAAUCAAGAUGUACUCCGUCAUGUCUGUCUAGUCGCCGAUACUGGAUCAAAGCUCGUCGUCUGUGGUCGCACUGGCAGUGGCAAGAGCACCAUAUUCAUGUCUCUGCUCAGAUUGAUCGAAAGUACUGGCACAAUCUCAGUGGAUGGGUGGAACAUUCUGAACAUACCUCGAUCUAUCGUCCGCAGCCGCUGCUUCAUCGCCGUCCCGCAAGACGGCAUCAUGUUUAAAGACGCCUCACUACGAUUCAAUCUGGACCCCACCACUACAGUCAAGGACGAAAACUUGCGAGAUGCCCUCGAGUCCACCGGCCUCUGGACCGUCUUUUCCGGCGCCCACGACCAAUCCGCCGACAUUCUCGACCAGAAGCUCUCCAGUCUUGCGCCGCUCUCCGCCGGCCAGCAACAGCUCUUUGCCCUCGCGCGCGCAGUGGCCCAAAAGCACCGAGAGCGCCCUUACUCGGACAGUGAAGAGCUUGUGCCGUGCCGCCGAUCCAAGCCCAUUGUUCUUUUGGAUGAGCUGACGGCGUUUAUGGACUCGGCCACCGAGACCAAGGUGUACAAUGUCGUCGAGAGAGAAUUCGUCGAAGAGGGCCAUACUGUCGUUAUCGUGUCUCACAGACUUGAUGGUCUGCUGGGGAGGCUAAGGCAGGGUAGGGACGCUGUGGCUGUGCUCAGGGACGGGCAGGUGACGGUUGAGACGGACUUGAGCAAGCUCGCCAACGUUGAUAAUGGUGACCAAAUUGAUUCCUCAUGCUGA